UUUUCGAUAAGACGCGUAAGAACCUUUGUUACAAUUAGAUUUCGUCCGGGAGUCACAACCCUUUCUACUUUAAAACAGCCAAACUGGUACUUUAGAUUUUUAAUUUAACAAAAAAAAAAGUUUUACAAAAUGCCAGAACCCGGUCUAGUACCCGAUGGACGACCAGAAUUAUUUGAUAUCCGGGCUAUGCCUGAACAACCAAAAAUUCUUAAGCCUGGUCAGUUAGAGGAGAGUUUGAUACGGCAAUUUUUUGAAAAGGGAUACCUACUGGUGCCUAAAUUCUUCACUGAAGAAGAACUUGAACCAUGUCGAAAAGCUAUAGAAAAAAUGGUGGAUGACUUGGCCCAAAUGCUUUAUGAUGGGGGCAAGAUCAAAAACUUGUACAAGGAACAAGGCUUGUUUACAAGACUGAUCCACAUAGAAAAAGAAUUUCCUGGUGCUAACAUUAUCCUUCACAAAACAGGAAAGGCCACAGAGGCAACAGAGGCUUUUCAUAAGUUAUGGUCGAACGAACGUUUGUUGAAUGUGGUGGAACAGCUGAUUGGACCAGAGGUCAUGGGUCACCCUAAUUGGUGUCUUAGAACAAAGACUCCUCAGAAUGAGGCUACAACUGUCCCUUGGCACCAAGAUGCGGCGUAUUUAGAAAAUGAAGCGUACAGUGUCCUAUAUCCAGUGGCCUGGAUUCCUAUGUUGGAUACAAAUGAGGAAAACGGAUGCAUGGAGGUAAUUCCAGGUGGCCACCUAGCGGGCAAAGUUGCCAGACACACCUGUUGCUGGGGAGACACCUGGUAUAUUGUAGUCGACGAAGAGCAUGCUGCAAAAACGUUAAAUGUUGACUUUGAAAAAGAUAAAGUACUUUGUCCAGUACCCUAUGGUGGAAUGUUGCUUAUCAAUACCCUUAUACCCCAUAGGAGCCUCAACAAUACUUCUGACGUCAUUCGCUGGAGUCUGGACUUCCGUUUUGCGAAUCCAGAAAAACCGUUGGGCUUCUAUGGGUUAAAGCAGGGCGUCUUGAUGAGGUCUGAGAAAAAUCCUGUGGAGAAAAUUGACUGGGAUUCUUUUAACAGCGUCAAUAGGAUCAAUGAAGCUUCUAAAUACUGCAAGGAUGAAGCUGAAGAUGACCCUUUUGACACCACUGUGGUUGGACCGUGGAUGUUUAAGUGGGAGAUGACCCACACAAAUCGCCACACAGAGAAACUUUUAUCGCAAAAAAUUAUUCCCGCGGAUAGUUCUUAAAAUUUUUAUAUUCCUAAUGUGAUAUUUAACAUUCAUAUAUUAUUAUAACUUCCGUUGACUUGAUGAGUUUCUUUUUUGCUAGUUCAGAAUAAUUUCCUUAAGAAAGAUAUUUUAUUUGCCGAGUGUUAAGAUGUAUCUUCAACGUUACCAUAGUUUGUACAUAAAUGUAGGCCUAUUAAAAGAAAGAAAAAAAAGCAUGUUUGUGUUUGUCUCUUAUAUAUACAUAUAUAUAUAUAUAUAUAUAUAUAUAUAUAUAUAUAUAUAUAUAUAUAUAUAUAUAUAUAUAUAUCUCACACCCUUCGCAACAAUAAACUCCUGCCCCAGUGACGCUGCGAAAAAAGCCAGAACUGUUAA